UGUGUGUGUGUGUGUGUGUGUGUGAGAGAGAGAGAGAGAGAGUUGUUCUGUUUUCACAAAAUAGGGUCUUGGUAGAAAAGAAAAGAAAAGAAGAGAAGACAGCUCUGUGUCUGUGUGUAUCAUUUGUGUUGUAUGUAAGAGGAGAAGGAGCAGAAGGAGGAGAUAGAUUCAUGAGGGGAACGCCCUUGAAUCUCCAGGUGAGAGGGGUUGGACAAAGAGUAAUUGAAGAAGAAAAAGGGCAAAUUGUUGUUGGUAAGCAGCAGCAGCAGCAGCAGCAACAACAACAACAACAGCAACAGAAGCAACUUGUGUGCGGAAUCAAGAGAAAGAAGGAGGACUUUGGUAGUUUCAACUUUAAAGAAGCCUUAGCAGAGCCCAGGUCUGUACUAGAUCACCGGAGGAGCCCCAGCCCCCCCAACUCCACCUCCACCUCCACACUGUCUUCCUCCCUAGGCGGCACCUCCUCCGACACCGCCGGCGUGGCGGCCGUCUCUGACGCUCCCGCCACCGCCCCUGCCCAAAAAUGGCCCUCCUCACCUCCUCCUCCUGCCGCCGACCGCCGGGAGGACUGGCCCUCCGACCUUCAGUCCAUCCCGGCAUCACUCGUCUCUAGCCAGAAGACAUCCGCUCUCGCCGCCGAGGACUGGGAGACCAUGCUCUCCGACCCGGCUCCCUCUCCUGGCCAAGAACAGACCUUUCUCCGCUGGAUCAUGGGCGACAUCGACGACUCCUCACCGGCACUCAAGCAUCACCUUGUCUCCCAGGGCACUCUUGACCUCGACCCUAGCCCUAACCUCUCCUUCGGCCUCGUCGAUCCGUCCUUCGGCUUCGACGCCACUGCCAUUAACGCAACUCCUCAUCUGCCAUCCGCCCCUUCUCCUGCUAUGUUCCAUUCCAUGACCGGCGGUACUAACAACAAGAUCACUCCACCGACUCCUCAAAACCAGCUGCCAGCGCCCUUGCCGGGCAUGAAAGUUCCCAACUUUGGAGCUCCGCCGGGGGCCGGCUUGUCUCUUCCACCGGGGAUGCUCUUCCAGGAAUCCAUGGAUGAAAAGCCUCAGCCUCAGCUGUUCCCCCCGGGCCUCCUCCAAAGCCACGCCGCCCAGAACCCUGCAGCAUUCUUCUACCCAGACCCCACUCACCAGCUCCUACUGCCACCCCAGCCCAAGCGCCACCACCCCAUUGACCCCCACUCUCACCCCCUUCCCAAGAUCCCCAUCCCCGACCCCGGUGGCCCUGAUCUCUUCCUCCGCCGCAACAACCCCCAGGUCCAACCCCAGCCUUCCCAGCUGCAGCCGCUUCCUUUUCAGCCACAGAGACCGAUGAAACCGAAGCUGCCCACCGGAGACGAGCAGCAGCAACAGCAGCAGGCAUUGGUAGACCAGCUCUUCAAGGCGGCGGGGUUGGUCGAGGCCGGGAACUCCGUCGGUGCGCGUGGGAUAUUGGCGCGGCUCAAUCACCAGCUCCCCCCUUCCCAUGUGGGGAAACCACUCAUCCGCUCCGCCUUCUACUUCCGCGAGGCCCUCCAGCUUCUCCUCUCCCCCUCCCCAUCGUCCCCUUCCACUCUCUCCAACCCCCUCGAUGUUGUCCUCAAGCUCAGCGCCUAUAUGACCUUCUCUGAGGUCUCCCCUGUCCUCCAGUUCACCAACUUCACCUCCAUCCAGGCCAUCCUUGAGGAGCUCGGUGGCUCGGACCGCAUCCAUAUCAUUGACUUCGACAUUGGCGUAGGUGGUCAAUGGUCUUCUUUCAUGCAGGAGCUCGCACAGCGGCGCUGUGCCUCCGCUCCUCCUCCAAUGCUCAAGAUCACUGCUUUUGUACCUCUGAAUUCCGCCCACCACCCGCUCGAGCUCCACCUCACGCGCGAGAACCUCUCCCAUUUCGCCCGUGACCUCAGCAUCCCCUUCGAGUUCAAUGUCAUGAGCCUUGAAUCCUUCGACCCUGUGGCCAUCAUUGGAAUGUGCCAAGAUGAAGCCAUUGCUGUUAACCUGCCUGUUGGCUCCGCAAUCGGGUCUUCCAUCCCAACAAUCCUUCGCCUCGUCAAGCAGUUGUCCCCAAAGAUUGUAGUUUCUGUGGACCAUGGCUUCGACCGUAGUGAUCUGUCAUUUUCGCAGCAUUUCCUUCAUGCCUUGCAGUCGAACAUGGUUCUUUUGGAUUCCAUUGAUGCUGCUGGGACCAGCCCUGAUGCUGCUGGCAAGAUUGAGCGCUUUCUGCUUCAGCCUAGGAUUGAAGCUGCAGUGCUUGGUCGGCACCGGGCCGAAAAGAUGCUACCUUGGCGAACUCUUUUUGCCUCUACUGGGUUUGUCCCGCUGCCGUUCAGCAAUUUCACUGAGACUCAGGCCGAAUGCCUCCUCAAGAGGGUGCAGGUUCGUGGUUUCCAUGUUGAGAAGCGGCAGGCUUCACUGGUCCUCUAUUGGCAGCGAGGGGAGCUCGCCUCCGUGUCAGCUUGGCGUUGCUGAGCAACUAAACUAUCUGGUAUCAUCUCUCUUGAAAUUAUCUAGGAAAUAUUGCCACUCAUGAGUAAUAUAUACUUUUGGAAGCCUAAUGCUAAUGCAGUAUUGAAUCCAUGGUUGUUUUUAUCGGGUGGUAACUAGGUGUCCAGUUUCAUAUUAAUCACUCUCUUUGACUCUCUUGUGGUCUUCAACUGAUUGAUUCUGAGUAGAAAAAGUAAAUUUACAGGCUCUUUAGGGUCCUGUACAGUUUUUAGUUGAUCUGUUUUCUUCUUUCUGGACAAGGGCAGUGAUGAACGUGGUGUUUUGAUGAUGUGCAAGAGAAAAAUUCUUGCCUGCUGAAGUUGUUGUACACUUUAACAUUGACGACAACAUAUGGUGAAGAACUUUUAACAUUUCAAA